ACAAACCAGAUUGGGCGAAUGGAGUAGCAGCAUCUAGAUCUUCUUUAUUCUCUUUGUUAACGUCGUGUGGAGUUUGGUUGUGCGUCGUUGAGUUGUGAGGUUUUGAGUUAAAUAAUGGCUUUUAAUGGUGAUGCCCCAAUGAUUAAACGUCCGCGGACCGAUUUAGAAUCAGGACAGCACAGAAACCAUUCGGACCAGUAUGGUUAUGACGAGCCGAGAAGGAAGAGAUCCGAUAAUGAGAAAGCAAAUCAUGUGCUGCUGUUUACGAUUCUAAAUCCUGUGUACCCAAUUACAGUGGAUGUUCUACACACAAUCUGUUCUCCAAAUGGUCAGGUACAGAGAAUUGUGAUCUUCAAAAAGAAUGGCGUCCAAGCUAUGGUGGAGUUCGACAACCUGGAGUCGGCCAAGAGGGCGAAGGAGUCCCUGUACGGCGCCGACAUCUACUCCGGCUGCUGCACUCUCAAGAUCGACUUCGCCAAGCCGACCAAGCUGAACGUGUACAAGAACGACCAGGACAGCUGGGACUACACUAACAGCGGCAUGAGCAAACCGGAGCCGCCCUCGCCCGGCCGGCCCGCGCCCCUGCUACAGGAACCCAGGUUCGGAGCCGGGCCGCAGCCCUACAGUAAGUCGGACGGCUACCCCGCUCCGUACUCCCGAGCUCGAGUCCCCCCUGCUGCAAGAGAGUCGAUGCGUGGGCCGUCUGUUCCACCCUACGGUCCAGCAGCCCCCGACCGCUACGACGACGGAUACCAGAAUGGCCCCGGGCCGUACGGAGAUCAUUACGUGGAUAGGUACCAGCCGAUGGACAGAAGUGUGCCCAGGUACGGCAUGAAGCCGGAGUACGGGCGGGAGCCGCUGCACCCGACGCCUCCCCGCGCCGGGUACGGCCACGGGCCCCCGGCCAUCCCGCAGCCCCCCGGCGGGCCGGGCUCCUCGGGCAGCCAGCAGGGGGCCGUCAUGAUGGUGUACGGCCUGGACACGGAGCGGGUCAACGCCGACAAGCUCUUCAACGUCUUCUGCCUCUACGGCAACGUGCUCAGGAUCAAGUUCUUGAAGACGAAGGAUGGGUGUGCCAUGAUCCAAAUGGGGAAUGGUCUGGCCGUGGAGAGAUGCGUGCAGUAUCUCAAUAACGUCCCAGUCUUCAACUCUAAGCUGCAACUGGGGUUCUCAAAGCAGCCGUACCUGAGUGAUGUGGUCAAUCCAUACUCGCUCCCAGACAAGAGCCCAUCUUUCAAGGAUUACAUGGGCAGCAAAAACAACCGCUUCAACAACCCGAAAAUGGCCAGUAAGAACAGGAUCCAGGCCCCAUCCAAGAUCUUACACUUCUUCAACACUCCACCCAACAUAGAUGAGAACGCACUGCACAAAGUGUUUGAAGACAAUGAGGCACCAUCUCCCAAGACAAUCAAGCUGUUCCCUCUGAAAACCGAUCGCAGUUCUUCUGGUCUCAUGGAGUUCGAUGACCUGGGACAAGCCGUGGAAGCUCUCAUGCUGUGCAAUCAUCAGCCAAUCCCAAACCCAACCGGGAAGUUCCCGUACAUCAUGAAACUCUGCUUCUCAUCUUCGCGGUCCAUCCCCAACACCAUGCGUCACCCCAAGAACGAGAUGCAGGAGGACGAAGAUGAAGACGAGUAGGCCGGCUACACACACAAUGUCACCCCAGUUCUGGCUACUUGAUCCUCAUUUGUCUUGUUUUAUUGUCGACUGCUGUAACAAAAUUCCUCUUAUGACAUUUCAGUGUUUUAAUGUUGUAGUAAUUACAGUAUCAUUAGUUUCUUAGCAUGUGUUAACUUAUAAGUGGUGAAGUACUUUUUUUUGUACUCUUUUACCUUCAUCUUAUUGUGUAAAAGUAUUUUUAAAUAAAUAAUCAUUUCUUGAUUUGUUUAAAACAUUUGCUUAGUUUUUAUGUAAGUGCUGGAUUAAUUUAAGUUAGGUUUUUAUACAAACUAAUUACAAUAUUAAAAAAUAGUACUAUUUCGUAGCAUCCUUGGUAGCAAGAUCUGUACUGUAUCUUGGCUGGCCCUUUUUUUUUGUUUAAUUUGAAUAUGCCAAGUUGUUGCGUUUAUGAGUGUGGCUGGUUUUGAACAUUUACUUGGUGACAUUUUCAUUGUGUGUGGGUGAGGCGACCAAUAUUGUUUACGGAGACCAUUAAUAAAGACAUGGGAUGGGAGAGAUUAGGCUGAAUGUAUUUGCUUGCUCUUGAAGAAGCUAUAUGCCAUGUGAGCAGCGUUCAGAACGAAGGAAGGCCAACAGCGCAGUUAGGCGUGUCAACAUCCGAUUUAGUCAAAUCCUUGUGUGAGCUAGAUCACAGGGUAACUCUAAAACAUAUCAGUAUAGUGCUUAAAUAUACUAACUAAACGUAGGUUAAACAUAAGGAUGAAAUGCUAUUUUCAAGUGUCAUUCCUGAAAUUUUUAAAUGGUGUCAUUGGUGUUUUUUACAUGUUGGAUGUUGAUGUGUUGUAUUUGAUUGUAUUAAGUUUGCUUCUUUCUGCACUCCUUGGUCUUCCUCCUGGUUCACUGCGCUUGUAUUCCAUGUUUCACUGCGCUUGUAUUCCAUGUUCACAGAAUUUGUCUGCCAAGUGUGUGUUGGGCCCUUUCUCCUCGUCGUCAUAUUUAUUAUCGUAUAAAGACAGUAGGUAAUAGCUAACAGUAUCAUGGUAGGUGUUUAGACAACUAAGGAUAAUAAUAUAUGGUUAGAAUAUUUUUAAUUUUUGAUUAGAAGGGUAGUUAGUUUAGAAUCACGUAAGAGUUUCUCCUAGUUCGUAUGGUUAGUUUUAGUUAAAAAAAUUUGUAAUCUUUUAUUUUUACAGUGAGUGAUAAUCCUUGGGAAUUUGAUUUUUGUACUACUCAGUUUGCUUAAUGCGCAACGGGACACAUUAUUGUGGUAAAUUGGCGUAUCAUACUGUGCUGCUGAUGGUGGCCAUUUUCUUUCUCGUCGUGACAGCGUAGUCAGACACCUUCCCUGACGCACACUACAGUAACAUGGUUUACAGUGUGUUUUCUCUGUUUGAUGUCGUAUUGACUUGGGUAAUGCUAAAAUAAGAUUCUUCUUCUGGAAAUGAUGUAUUGUUUUCACUGGAGUGCAGUUCAUAAUUUAAGGAGGUUAUGAACACCAGUUUUGCUAUUCCUGCCAGUUUAAGGAUACAAUUACUUGUGGAUAAAUGGUUGAAUGCAUUACUUUAAAAUUUAUUUUGUCUUGGUUCUCAUGGUGGGGUUAAAUAGUGUUUGAGAUUUGCUGAGUGAUUUGAGUUCACUGUUAUCAUACCAUUUAUUCUCAACUGUAUUUUUUUUUUUACUGGGAAUGGAUUUUAAAUUCUCGUGAGUUUUUGGUGAGCGAGGUAUAUUUAUGUUCACAUAUACUUUUUUUAUUUUUCAAAUUGUUGCUUAUGUGUUUGUUGAAAAUAAGUAGGUUGUAAAAUUUCAAGUCAUCUCUUGUAUUCUUGUGUAUUUGGCAUUAACUUGUAAUACAAAGUAGAUCUUAACAAAGCUGGUAACUGUUAUAGUAGAAAAUAGGCUCUUAGCUAAGUGAGUGGUUUUUUGGUGAAAAUUCUUUGGUGAGUCAUCUCACGCCUCUUUUGUGUCAACCAAAAAUGGUUCAAGUUUUCAGAAAUGUAAGUGUGAAAGCGUGCAGUUUGAAAAGAAAGAAAUGUAUGAAAAUAUACCCUUUAAACCAGAUAAUGUUUGUAUAUCAUUAGCUUAAACUAAAUUAUUGUAUAUUAUCUCUCUCUCUCUCUUUACUGAGUAGUAUAAACUUACUGUCCAGUAACUUUUAGGUAAGGUAAUUAAGUGUAACAUUUGUGGAUUGCAGUAGUUUUGAAUGUAGCAAACACAAUCUUUCCUUGCAAGUAGACAUUGAAAGUGAUAGGGCAAUAGUAAUUUUAACAUUUACAAAGAGCUAUGAAAGUCAAUUAUGAACCUGCUACUGAACUAAGAGAAUGUAGGAUUGUGAAAACCACUGCAUACUUAAUUUUCUUCUAAGUUUUUGCGCAACCUUUCAAUACUGCUGCUAUAAUGUUCAGUAUAGAGCAUUUGUAUUAUUAUACUACAAUCGGUAUGUUAACAGAUGUUCAAAUUUAUUAUUCAUUGGGAAUAUUUGUUGAAUUAUGGACAAUUUUGAUGCAAGGGUUUUUUUUCCCUUUCCUGAAGAGAGAAGAGGGGAGUGCUGUGUGUAUCAACUCUGUUGUGCGAGGUGGUGAAUGUGUUUGCAAGGUUUUAUUUAUGCAGUGGGUACUUUUUAUUGUAGAGAACAUCAAUUUAAAUUUUCAGGUGAACUAAAAUAUUGACAGUAGUAACUGUUGAAAUGUGUUUUUCUUUCAAAUAAAAAUGUUUCAGUGAAUAGUUUUAAGUUGACUGCACAACUUGUAUAUGUAAAGUGUAUCAGUUGACCAUAGGUAGGUUUAUGUAAAUAAAGUGGCAUUGCCAAAUGUAAACUUUU